AUGUCAAAACAAUCAUUAUUAUCUACGGUUCCCAACGAGUUUGGUAUCGCCACUCUCUCCCUCGGCAACUGGAGGGAGCACCGCCUACAACCACGUCUCGAAGCAGCCGCAAGGACCGGCUACAAAUGGAUCGACCUCUUCGACGAGUGCUGGGCCGCGUAUCUCGAAGAACACAAUCUUCCAGGCGACCAGCUAUGGGAACCCACGGCUGCGAAUUUACAAGUAGCCCGGAAACUCGGCGAUCUAGUAAAAUCCCUUGGCAUGCGCAUUGCCUGCACCCAGCCGCUGCGCAAGAUCGAGGGCGUCAAGGAUCCUGCAGAACGCCGCGAAACACUGGACCUCGUGGCGAAACGGUUCCCAUUCAUGCGUGCGUUCGACACCGAUCUCGUGUUUAUGUGCGCUAGCAUUCGCACCGACUGCGGUGUAACCUCGGAUUUGCAGACGGUCGCAGCCGAUCUGGCUGAGCUUGGCGAUAUGGCGGCGGAGUAUGCAAGGGCUGACAGGGGUCCGAUGCUUAAAGUCGGCUACGAGGGUCUGUCAUGGGCCGCGCGAAAUACCUGGUCGUCGUCGUGGGAGGCAGUGCGGUUCGCGAAUCGCCCUAACGUCGGACUGAUAGUGGACGCGUUUAAUGUGCUUGCGGUGGAAUUCGCAAAUCCGCAUAAUCCAGCAGGACAUGGGCGCUUUUUUUCGACGCUUGAGGAAUCGAUCGACAUUCUCACGGCGUCCCUUGCGGCCCUGGCUGCGACGGUUCCUGGGGAUCGCAUCUUCUUCUUCCAAUGUGGUGAUGCGGAGCUCGUGGAGCCUGCAGCUAUUCGUCCUGCAGAGCCUGAUACACCGGCCCUUCUGCCCUGGUCUCGAGGACAUCGUUUAUUUCCAAUGGAACAGAGUCGUGGUGGGUAUAUGCCCGUGGAGCUGGUUGCCGCGGCGGUUCUGGCAACAGGAUAUAAGGGGCCGAUUUCACUAGAAGUAUUCAACCACUCCCUGAACCAGCCAGGGGAUCACGUCCCAGAUGACCAUGCAGUUCGUGGUAUGGUAGGUUUGCAGAAACUGACCGCGGCUGCAACGGCGUUGCCUGCUUUCUGGCGAGGUAGGGAAGAGGCUACAGAAGCAGCUGGUAUGGUAGUCCGGCGGUUGCAACCUCGGACGUCUCAGUUAUGA